AUGGUCAACUCCUGUUGUGGCUCUGUCUGCUCUGAGGAGGGCUGUGGCCAAGGCUGCUGCCAGCCCAGCUGCUGCCAGACCACCUGCUGCAGGCCCACCUGCUGCAUCUCCAGCUGCUGCAGGCCCACCUGCUGCCGCCCCAGCUGCUGUGUCUGUUGUGGAUCAAGUUGCUGCCGCCCCAGCUGCUGCAUUUCUAGCUGCUGCAGACCUUCCUGCUGCCGCCCCAGCUGCUGUGUGUCCAGCUGCUGCCGCCCCUGUUGCCGUCCCAGCUGCUGUGUGUCCAGCUGCUGCAGGCCCAGCUGCUGCAUCUCCAGCUGCUGCAGACCUUCCUGCUGCCGCCCCAGCUGCUGUGUUUCCAGCUGCUGCAGACCUUCCUGCUGCCGCCCCAGCUGCUGUGUGUCCAGCUGCUGCAGGCCCAGCUGCUGCAUCUCCAGCUGCUGCAGACCUUCCUGCUGCCGCCCCAGCUGCUGUGUUUCCAGCUGCUGCAGACCUUCCUGCUGCCGCCCCAGCUGCUGUGUGUCCAGCUGCUGCAGGCCCAGCUGCUGCAUCUCCAGCUGCUGCAGACCUUCCUGCUGCCGCCCCAGCUGCUGCAUUUCUAGCUGCUGCAGACCUUCCUGCUGCCGCCCCAGCUGCUGUGUGUCCAGCUGCUGCAGGCCUCAGUGCUGCAUCUCCAGCUGCUGCCGCCCCACCUGUUGCCAGACCACCUGCUGCCGCCCAGCAUGCUCUAGCAGUUCUUGUUGCUGA